GCCUUGCAGGUGAGAGCGACUCGCCAACCUCCAAGACUCGAACGAAAUAACCAAAAACAGAUGGACUUCGGCUCCACCAAGAUAAGCCCCGGUCAGACGAUUCGGUUCAUGAAACACCAGGAAAAGGAGGAGAGAAAAUCUAACCCAAACUUUUGACAUCUCUCGUGACUCCUGUAUAAAGAGAUCCUGUGACUCCACGACUUGCUUUUUUUUAGUCUCCCCCACUUGUUGGUUCUUGAUUUUGAGUGGACUAUCAUAAGAUUGUGGUCUAUAAAACACCCUUCAUGGCAUGAUAAGAAUCCUCCCAUCGAUUCGAAGUUAGGUGCACAAAUGUCCGUCGAUCAGCUGAACCCCGAGAACUUUUCUGCUUUGAGCCCGAGGAUUUCGUUCUCUUUCAAUCUGUGCGACUUGGAUGCAGCACAGAAAGCAAUACACUCUUCUCCAUCGAACCCUACUACCACCUGUCUUCCGGCAUUAGAUUCGAGGAAUGACUUUGAGUUCUGUCUCUCGGAGAGCUUUGAACCCGAGUCGUCCUCCGCAGAUGAGCUCUUCUCCGAUGGCAAGAUUCUCGCAGCCCCCGUCAAGAAGAAGAAUGGUCCUGAGAGACGGAGGCACUGUAACUGUCCGCUGCCAUCCCUGCCUUCUCCUAAAGAGAGUAUACCUUGCAAUCCGACAAGGCAUGCUAACAUGAUAUCGCCGGAUCCGGAAGCUAAUUGCGAUGGCGACAUGCCACAUGGUGGGAACAUAAAGGACGCGAGGUCGAGAGGAGGACGGGCUGACGACAAGCAGUCGAGGUCAUUCUGGAGGUUCGGGCGAAGUAGCAGUUUGGGGUCGGUGAAUUCGCACGGAGCUCGCUUGUGUUUCCUGCCGCUCAUGCCGCGGAGCAACUCGAGCGGGUCAUCUUCCCCGGACAUGAAGCAGCAUCGGCAAGGACUGCCUCCACCGCAGUGUUCGGCGACAAAGAACAAUCAAAAGGCCUCUUCGUCCAGGUGUUGCGGGUCUCAUCACCAACAGAGAGGAGCUCUUCAAGUUAGUCCUGUCGUUCUCAACGUUCCUGCAGGGGAUAUGUUCGGGCUGAGCUCGCUAUUUGGGAAUAGGAAGACCAAGAACAAUCACAUGUGAUCCUCGUUCUGUGUCGCGAAAAUCGUGUGCUAUGGCUUAAUGAAUAACAGUCGUUCUAGAAGUUCAUGCCGUCGAAAACGUCUAUGAUACAUCAGGUACAGGUACAUGCUUUUUAUCUUUCUUUUUUGCCUCUUUAAGCGUGCUCGGCAAUGGCCUUACGGCAUAGGCGUUAUUAAGAGGAUAAGAUUUUGCAUGAUUUGUGGAUCGUGCAUACCAAUAUCACAUCGUGGAUCUCACCACAACCCCCACAUGAUCGAUUGUAGACAUAGAUGCAUAGUGUACAUGGCCUAUGAACCGUACGGACAUUCUUCCGUGUAAGACGCAGUUGGUCCUCUUAUUGCUGCUACAAGGAUAGCCCUCUGACUCUAGGAUAAUGCCUUAUGUCUUGAAAAUAUUAAUGCGAAAACCAUAAGAUCUUACCCAUAGAGUCAAUGCAAAAAACAUCAAAGAAAUAAAUGAGGAAUAGUAGGACAUAGGGGAUUUACAUGAUUUGAUCCGAAUUUCGAUAUUUACAUUCACGAAAAGUGUUAAUAGUAAAUAAUCCAUUAUGAUCGAAAAAUUAUCAUUAUAAUUGCUCACAUGCUUAAAUUUAAGCUCAAAUCUAAAGUAUUACAAAUAAAUAAUUCAAUUAUAUGUAAAUUCAUGGCACAAAAUCACUGGUGUCCGGUCCAAGCAAAAGCUUUUCUGGUACGGCUGAAAAUCAAGAAUGUUGCACGUUCCUCUUUUUCCCUUCUUCAUAGGGCGGCUCUUUCACUAUUGGAAUCUUCUUCGGCCGAAGGAACCUACAAACCGUUGUUUUUCUUUUACAUAUGGGCACAACUAGUGCAGGAGAGAGGAGUAAAAAGUAAACGCUUGCUUUUGUUUCUUUCUCACACAUGUCCUUUUUACCCUUGCAUGAUACCAAAUAACAAACUCUCAAUGGCAAGGUUGCGUAUGCUGAUCCAUAUUCUUGAAAAUAUAAAUAUCCAUAUAUAAUAUAAUUGCGCGCCUCUUAUUUUGUCUUUUAGUGCAAAACUUUUUGAGUCAAACUUGGAUUCAUAUUUGCAGCGUUGCCCCACUGGAUAAAUAUGGAGAACCAACGCCCAAGAAUGAAAAAAACAUAUUUGAUUUGGAUGAGGGAUCUUCCAACAAAUCGGAUCCGUGAGAACUCAAACUCAAGACACUGAUUUAACAAUUCUCCACCUUAACUCGAUAAUUAAAGCCAAGUCAUAGUGAUUAUUAUCCA